AUGAGGUCCCAAUUUUCGGCAAUGACGUUGCUGGCAUGCCAGGCACUGGCUUGGAGCCACAGUAGUGCAAAGGAGCUGAAAAGUUUGUUGGCGAAGAAGGACGAUACUUUGGUUGCCUUUGUCGUGCCUGACCACGAGUCUAGCAAGGCUCUAUUACCAGAAUGGACUGCCCUCCAAGAUAAAAUCGCAGCCAAGUCGAUCGAUUGUAUUGCCUCACAAGACUUGUGCGCCGACUUCGACGUCGUCUCGUUCCCUGCUAUUCGUCUGUAUCGUGGAGACCAACCAAUGGUCCGAUAUCGUGGACCACGUACAGCCUCGUCCCUCAUGUCCUUCUUCGCACGACAGCAGCAACCUGCAUGCACCAAAUUGAGCAAGGAUCAAAUAGAAAGGUUUACUACUACAGACGACUUCGUUUUCAUAACGCACUUGCACAAAGACGACAAGGAAUUGCUCAGUCGAUUCUCCGCAACCGCCGAAGCGUAUAGAGAUCGCUACUCAUUCGGGUAUUUGACCGACGUUGGGCAACGAGACGCAAGCAGAUUAACAUGCUACAACAACAUUGACAAUCUGGAGCGCUCAGAGGCAGGACUGGACCAAAGCGGGGUUAUCGAACGAUUUCUCGAGACUUGCACGGAACUAUUGAUUCCGCAAUUGACGCGGAGGACAGAGCUCAAGUACAGACAGCCAGGGAGGUCGUUGGUGUACUAUUUUACUGGCGAAGAGUCCGACCGAGACUUGUAUGUGAAGAGGAUGAAGCCGCUUGCCGGGACAUACCAAGAAUAUUUAAGGUUUGUGACAGUUGACAGUACCGAAUAUGCCGACAUGUCGCGCGGCAUGGGCCUGGAAUCGAAGAGAGGUCUCGUGGUGGAACACACACACGGCGGCCAGCUCUUCCCAUACCGCGGCUCAGGUGGUGAUAUUGGGGCUGAAGAGGUUGAAAACUUUAUUACGGCGAUUUCGCAGGGAGCAGUUCAGCCCUGGACAGGGCACCGUGACGGCUCUGCAAAAGAUGAACUCUGA